AUGGUCUUCAAGAAGAAGAAGAACCCCGCCAAAACUCCUCGGACUGAUGAGAAGAAGAAAAACGUUAAAGAACAGAAAAAGAACGUUGAGGAAAAGAAAAAGGGCGAGGAAAAGAAAAAGAACGACGAGGAAAAGAAAAAGAACGUCGAGAAGGAAAAAAAUGAUGAGGAGAAGAAAAAAGACAACAAGGCAAAAACCCCAAACGAAAAAAAACAUAUUGACCUCACGCCAUUGAAGAAGGCAGCAGUUCCAAUUAUUUUCAUAGUGGGAGGUCCUGGUUCCGGGAAAGGUACGCAAUGCGAUAAAAUUGUUGAAAAGUAUGGAUUGUCGCAUCUUUCCUCUGGUGAUCUUCUACGAGAAGAGGUUGAACGAGCAUACUACACGCAUAAACUUCCCUCUAAGGUUAAAUCAGGCUCCCCAAGAGGCGAAAAGCUCUCAAAGAUUAUGCAAGCUGGAGAGCUGGUCCCACUUGAUGUAGUCUUAGAAUUGAUCAAGGAAGCGAUGCUCAAAGAGGUAGCUAAAGGGAGCAAAGGCUUUCUCAUCGAUGGUUAUCCAAGAGAAGUCAAGCAAGGCGAACAGUUUGAAAAAGAGAUCCAAGAAGCGGCAUCAGUAAUCUUUUUCGAUGUCAACGAUGACAUUCUUAUAGAGCGACUACUAAAGCGUGCAAAAACUAGGUAAAU